AUGUUGCUACGAUUGCUCAUCGACAUCGCAGGCUCAGAAGUGCAGCUAGUAAUGCAUGCGCAAUCCGAAUUACAAUGCAAAUGGCCAGCUUACUACAUCUGCAACUUCUUGGUCUUAUUGUGGAUCGGUUCAAGGACUCUCAGUGACCCGGAUGCCAAUCCGUUAGCGGAGGUAUUGGUUUCUCCUUCAAUGGGCAGUGGUAUAUGCGGUAUUCCGGGCGUGAUUUAG